CUCCUCGUCCCCUGCCACUUGACUUCCUGCCCUUGUCCCCGCCGCUCGCUUCCUGUCGCGGCUUCAAUCGAUUCUGUGCCAGAAUUUCCCUCCGUGCUGAGAGCGCCAUGGAUUUCGCCAGCCUCAAAGACCAGGUCAGCAACCUGACCUUGUAUGACCUCAAGGCGGGAGUCCGCAAGGUCCAGAAUGCGGUCAUGAACUACACCGAGAUGGAGGCCAAGGUUCGAGAAGCUACCAACAAUGAGCCUUGGGGAGCCUCCAAUACCCUGAUGCAUGAGAUCGCCAGCGGAACCCAUAGCUAUCAAUUGCUGAACGAGAUUAUGCCUAUGAUCUACAAGCGCUUCACAGACAAGACAUCGGAGGAAUGGCGCCAGAUCUACAAGGUCUCGGCUCACGAUGCGCGGCAGGCGCUCCAACUGCUAGAGUUCCUCAUCAAGAACGGAUCCGAACGCGUUGUCGACGAUGCCCGCUCCCACAUGUCCUUGAUCCGGAUGCUCCGCCAGUUCCACUUCAUCGACCAGAACGGAAAAGAUCAGGGAAUCAACGUGCGCAACCGGUCAUCGGAGCUGGUGAAGCUGCUCGGUGACGUCGACCUGAUCCGCUCGGAGAGAAAGAAGGCUCGGACCAACCGCAACAAGUUCGGUGGCUUUGAGGGUGGUUCGCACAUCGGUGGUGGCAUGUCCAGCUCCAGCUCCGGCCGGUAUGGCGGCUUUGGCAGUGAGAGUCUGUCGUUUGGUGGUUACAGCGGAGGCGUCUACGGCGACGGCGGUGGCUUCGGAGGCAACACAGCGGACAUCAAUGAUUCCGGGAGACGCUCCAACCGGUUCGACGAGUACGACGAGUACGAUGAAGGCGAUGCCAGUCCCCCCCGCCGGCGCGGGCCCAGUCCUCCUCGGACCACCCGACAGACCAAACAGCCGGCAGCUGCAGCUCCCAAAGCCCCCGAGCCCGACUUGUUCGACUUUGGAGAGGAGACCGUGACGACUUCGGUCAGUGCGGCCAAGAAGCCUGCCACCAGCACGGCCAGCAGCGGACUCGAUAUCCUCGACUCCAAGCCUGCUGAUGACGAUGACGAGUUCGACGAUUUCCAGUCCGCCACCCCAGCGCCCGCGCCCGCGCCUGCAUCGUCGGCGCAGUUCUCCAUCCCCGCGCCGGCCUCCACCGUCAGCACGACCUCCAGCACGCAGUUUGCGGCCCCCCAGCCGAUCUCGGCCACUCAAGGUACCAACCUGAACGGCAUUGUAGGCUUCACCUCGAUGACCCCUACUCCGACCUCCAGCACGAUGGCCUCUCCCACGCUCUCGCAGAGCUCCCUGGCGCAACCCAAGCCCACGGGCUUCCAAGCCGCCACCCCCAACUACUACACCUCCGUUUCCUCCCUUACCAACACCACCCAACCCGCCGUGGGCCACCGCCCCGGCAUGUCGUCUAUUUCCUCCUUCAGCUCCACCACGCCCACCACCUCUGCCGCCAGCAAGCCUGCUGCCCCCAAGGCCUCCGGCGACGCUUUCGGCUCGCUCUGGUCCACCGCCAGCGCCAGCGCCGGCCUGCAAAAGACCCCUACGACCGCAAACAAGGGGCCUAAUCUAGCCAGUAUGGCCAAGGAGAAGGCCAGCGCCGGCAUCUGGGGGGCCCCGGCCGCUUCAAGCAGUCCUUUCUCGAACCAGGGCCGCAGCACAUCAGCAACACCGAAGACCGGCAGCUCCGGACUGGAUGAUCUGUUGGGCUAG